UUCUAACGUGAUGACGUCACGCCGUCGUUGUUGAUGGCGGCGGCGUUGGCGUUGGGGGCGCUAGCGCCGCGUUCGCGCGCCUCCACUUUCGUCGCCAGCAGGGCUGGAGGCUGUCCGCGUCGUCUCCCUCAAGCGUAGCCCUCCCCCCAGUCGCCAAUGAAGCCUCGUCUCGUACUUCCAUAACGCGCGCCUCUUCACACCCGACACCGUCUCGCGCUUUUUAACUGGACUCGGGUCAAGCAACAACAGACUCAAACAUGGCUUCAACUCCGGAUGCGACAAAGGUGAAGGACAAGGAUGCAGAGCUGGAAAAACGGAUGGAAGCAAUUCGCAAAAAGAACGAAGCCAUCAUGAAGCGAUAUGAGGAAAUUAAGCAAGAUAAGCAACGUGCUGAGGCAGAAGGCAUGGCGAUUAAUCUGAAGGCCCCGAAGUCACCAUCUGGGCCUCACAUCCCUAACAGUCCACCUAGUGGAGGAGAUGGGGGAGGCCACAGAGGGUUCGGUGGCGGCAAAAACCGAGAUCGCGGAAAGCCAGAUUUUGAUGACAGAGAACACCCACGACACGACCCAGGUGGGCGACAGGUGGAUUCGGAUGGGUUGACUGUAACCAUCCGCAAGUCAGGAGGAGGGGGAGGAGGUGGAGGAGGAGGAGGACCCUCUGUGGAGGCGCGAGAGGAGCGCGUGGUCAUAGAUCGCCGCAGAGGAAGGGACCGGGAGCGCUUCCAGCCUUCAAAGGGGCCCUCACGGCAGCCGUCGGACAGACCUUCACCGCCGGGGGCUGGACCCGGAGCAACGCCUGGGCCCCCUCAAGCAGCAGGGCCUGGGGCAGGGAUCGUUGGGCCCCCCAGAGGUGUUGGGGGCUCCGAGAGGGGAGGCAGGGGAAGGGGGAAACGAGACGGCAUGGGUCGCGGCGAGAAGGUGGACCGAUCCAGCAAAGAAUGGGAAGAAAGAAGGAGACAGAAUAUUGAGAAAAUGAAUGAAGAAAUGGAACAAAUUGCCGAGUAUGAAAGAGGACGAAGGGAUGGAAAAGUGGAUAAGAAUCCAGUGAGGCACUUCCUCGAUGACGUCAGGCGGUCGGGCGCUUACGCUGAUCAGGAGGGGGCUGAGAGGCGGGAGGGCAGCCGACGGCACCAGCGGAAUUGGGGGGGAGCUGAUUUUGAUCGCGUGAAGACCGGCAUGGAGAAGCGUAGGGACAUGGAGAGGCAGGGCACAUGGCAGCAGGGCGCCAGCGACAUGUCGCUGUCCAUGACGGGGAGGCAGCGAGCCGAGUACUCUCGCUGGAAGGAGGAGCGCGAGGCCAUCGACCGCGCACGCCUUGACCGACACAAGAACGCGUCGGGGGAGUGGCGGCGGGAGUGGGAUGCGCAGAAGACCGAUGAAAUGUUCAAAGCAAACCAGGUGCCUGUGCCAGAUGGAAAUGACGCUAAUUUCAGAGGGAAUCGAAAAAGGCUCUUUGGAGUACGGUUCAAACUGCCUGAUGACCACCGACGGCCGCCCAAAAAUCGCAACCUGGGCGACUUUGUUUCUGCACCAGCCGCGUCGUCCCCAGUGAGGACUCGCGAUACCCGCUCCCCCGGCCGCGAGCGUCUCACGGGCCGGGCCAGGAACUACAGCAUGCAUGAUGACCGAUGGGAGGAAAGCAAUGAUGAACAGCCAUCAAGGGGUGUAGAUCAAGCACAAGUGAGAGCAUCGGACCCAGACAGACUUGAGCAGGCGGAGGGACAAAAUGAUGACGAUGACGAGUGGGAAGAUGCAGACGAAGGGGAUGAAGACGAUGGAGAGGAAGAGGUUGAUGUGAUUGAAGAGUCUCAGUCGCCGGAACGUGCUGCCGUAAAUUUGGAUCAAUCGCAGCCCAAAGAGGAGCCAGUCAGGGGAAAGCCUCCCACACCCAAAGCAAAGGCAAAGCAGUGCGAACAGCGUCCCAAGCGGACCCGGAAUGCGCCGAGGCUCACUCUGCCAGAGCGCGACCCUGUGCUGGAAGGAGCCGAGCGGAGCCCGGCUGACGACUCUGCCAGCACGGCCUCUAAGCCACCGACGCCGUACUCGCCAUUUUCACCUGGCGAUGGCUACCAGCCCGUGGGCGACUGGGGUGAAGCCAUGGAGGCAGCGUCGCCACAGUCGGACUCUCCACCGCGGCCUGCGCAGCAGACCGACGUGGCAGGGGUGGCAGCUGGCAUGGAGCAGGGAAGUUGCACGCCUCCGGGGGGCAAAGACGCUCGUACGGGAGGUCUGCCGCUACCCGGCCGGGCGAUGGCACAGAAUGAUGGCCGCUGCCCACCGUUUGCCGUGUUGGCCCAGGGCAGCAGGGCUGCCUCCUCGCCAGGUGUUGCUGCUAUGAUACAAAGCGAUCCUGCCAUCCUCAGCCCUAGUUCACGAACAGAGUUUCAAAACUCUGUACCGAAUGAGGUGUUGGAGGAACAAAGUGUGAAAAGAGUGGAACUGCAGACUGCUGCUCAGCCUGGUAAUGCAACUGUGCCAACUGUUGUUGAGCCUGCAGUACUUUCGGAUGCAUCUGUAGAAGGCGUUGACGCGAGUUUAUCCCCCAUGAUGGCACAAAGUGAUGUCGCCUUGUCAGACCACUCCGCUGCGCAGAGUGAGGACAGUGAGCCUGAAUGCUCGGCAUUGCCAGCUGAUGACACCGAACGCGCACCCGAACAGAGUGAUGUCACCGCGACAACGGCAUCGGCUGACGUCGACUGUGAGCAGGAAUCGGCCAUAAUGACGCAGGGCGAUAGCGGCGCGGAAGCUUCCAGUGAUGAUAUCGGGCAGGGCUCUACAAAGGACUUGAAUAACGGUGAUGGUGUGAGAACAGAUCCUUUAGAAAAGGUGGAGAAUGGUGACGUUAUCGCUGCGGAGCCCGCUUCUGCAAGAGCAGCACCGGGUGGUGCCGCUGCCCCGUCAGAGAGUGAUUUUGUCGCCACGUCGAGCACGAACACAGCAGGAGCCGAAGUCUCCACUGAGCUUUCCUUUUCUACCACGCCACACGGUGACCAGAAUUCAACUCCAGAUAAAGAAACGAGUGCUGAUGACGGACAGCCCAUUAUCACAGCACCUGCUGAUAAGGGUGCACGUGCACCUGCAGUGGCAGAAGAAACAAUUGGGGAGAAAAUGACUGCCGUUACAACCAGAGAUGGAGCCUCCGAGUCUCAGGUUGCGGUGUCUUCUCAAACACAUUCUGCGAUGACGGAAAGUGCAAAAGCCCCUGCGGAGUUGGAGGUGGUGGAAAAACCAAAUGAUGUCGGCGGGGAAGAAAACGAAUUGUCCGCACGGGAUGAGCUUGACGUGACAGUCGAGACAAGUGUGGAGGCGUUGGGCCCUGUAAAGAGAGCGGAGAUGUCGAGCGAGGCUGAGACAAGAGACUCGACGGAUGAAAAUCCGACAGCCUAAUCAGGAUCAAUGAGACAGACCAAAGGCUUGGAGCUGAAGACCAACCCAGAAGAAUUGAUUGCUUCCAGAUCAAGGCUACGUUAUAGUACUGUGAUGUGAGCAAUAGUAGCUUUUGAACGUAACGCUAUAAUACGCGUAAACCUAGCAGCCAUAUUCCUCUAACAGUCUGUAGUUGCUGAUAUUCCUCGGUGCCCAGCUUCCAGUCUUCAGGGCCUACAUUGGUCAAGAUUACAUUGUUUACUAAUCAAUAGUUGCCUCCGCAAAUGUUUUGUUCAUAAUGCAAUUUAGACUGAGGACAUACAUCUGUCAGUUUCACAUUCUUUUCUGCUUUCUUCGUUUGAAGUGGUCCUGUGUUUUACGUGGGUCUCUUUGCAAAAGGAGAUCCUAGUUCAGCAGAUAUCCUGUUAUUUAAAAUAGAGGAACAAUCUAACCUAUAAUAAUGUCAUCCAGGUCUCCCAUUUUAAAAGAGACUUGGAAAUCUCAACGGCGGCCUCUCUUAUGAUUUAAAUUCAAGAUACAUAAGCAGAUAUUUGUGCUGAAUCAUUAAACACCCCCCCUCCCCAAUGACCGAUAUGAUAUGGGAAGGCCUCUCAUCCAGCAUUGGAUUCACAAGGCUGUAAGUUAUGUUCAUUGUUUCAUAUUUUCCGAAUACAGUAGUUGGCCAUUGAUGGUCCCUGACCCCAAUUUUUAUCCUUGAGGUGUUAGUAAUAAUAUAAUUUGAAGUGCAUUCUAGCACCCUUAUCCCGUUUGGUGUUUCACUAAAUCUUGUUUGCCGAUGGACUAGAUGUUGACAAAUGUGGCCACUAGGAUUAUGCAGUCUGGUACUGGUUCAUGUCUGCAUUAAUAUCAACAAAAUGGUAUUUUGGCCUGCCCAUUUACAUUUUUCUACUGGACAGAAUGUUUCAUCAAUACCUGCUCUAUGCAUAGUAUUUGAUUGUAUUACGUUUGUUUAAUAGAGCCGGUUUUACAUUUUAUUGGAGGGUGAAACUUUCUUAGUCUUUGUCAUUUAAUGACAAAAAAUUGCACAAAAAGUGCAUUUUUGUCAGUUUUGGGAAUUUUUACACUGAACGAUAUACGCAUUUUAUGUAACAAUGAUCGUGAUUAAGUGACUCAUUUCCCUCGUAUACGAGUUGGAUGAAUUAAUUUUAGUAUUGUAAUAACAUGACUGCGUUUUAGUUUAUAGUACAGAGAUGUGCAUUUCCAGAAUGUGGUAUGUAAACGUAUCAACUUUACCUAAUGGGAAAUUAUGUUUAUACUGCCCGCUUCAGUAAUGCACACAUGAAUUGUGCGAGAAUUAAUGUCGGAUAUGCUUACAAAAACUUGGAAGAGUUUUCCAUUAAUGGAAGAGUGGCAUACCCCUAUCUUGGUCUAAUGACUGCAAAAAUCUAGUGUCAUACUUUAAGAGUACCAAAGUAAGACUGUACAUUACAUUAUAAAGGCGAGGGCGUAGCCUGUUGAACUGUAUUGUUUUUCACAACUUGUUUUUAUGAAGCUUAAAUAAAAGCCCCAAAACAA